UAGACUUUUCAAAGAGACAAACUCCAUUUUCUUAUGAAUGGAAAGUGAAAACCCCUGUUCCGCUUAAAUUGGGUUCCUUCCUGUCCUGAGAAACAUAGAGACCCCCAAAAGGGAAGCAGAGGAGAGAAAGACCCACACCCAGACCCCGCGAGAAGAGAUGACCAUGACCACCAUGCCAGAAAGUCUCAACAGCCCCGUGUCGGGCAAGGCUGUGUUUAUGGAGUUUGGGCCGCCCAACCAGCAAAUGUCUCCUUCUCCCAUGUCCCACGGGCACUACUCCAUGCACUGUUUACACUCGGCGGGCCAUUCGCAGCCCGACGGUGCCUACAGUUCGGCCUCGUCCUUCUCCCGACCGCUGGGCUACCCCUACGUCAACUCGGUCAGCAGCCACGCGUCCAGCCCCUACAUCAGUUCCGUGCAGUCCUACCCCGGCAGCGCCAGCCUCGCCCAGAGCCGCCUGGAGGACCCAGGGGCGGACUCCGAGAAGAGCACCGUGGUGGAAGGCGGGGAAGUGCGCUUUAACGGCAAAGGGAAAAAGAUCCGUAAACCCAGGACAAUUUAUUCCAGUUUGCAGUUGCAGGCUUUGAACCGGAGGUUCCAACAAACUCAGUACCUGGCUCUGCCCGAGAGGGCGGAGCUGGCGGCCUCCUUGGGACUCACACAGACUCAGGUCAAGAUAUGGUUCCAGAACAAACGCUCCAAGUUCAAGAAGCUCAUGAAGCAAGGCGGGGCAGCUCUGGAGGGCAGCGCACUGGCGAACGGCAGGGCCUUGUCUGCCGGCUCCCCACCGGUACCGCCCGGCUGGAAUCCGAACUCCUCGUCUGGGAAGGGCUCUGGCAGCAGCGCUGGCUCCUACGUUCCCAGCUACACAUCAUGGUAUCCCUCAGCGCACCAAGAAGCUAUGCAGCAGCCUCAACUGAUGUGAGGUUAUCAGUUCGCACUCACCCGCUUCCUGCCCUUCUCCCUUGGCCUGGCCCCUCCUGCCUCCAGGUUCAUCCACCCUUUCGCAUGCCCUGGGCCGGGAGGAGAAGGGCCCAGGGGAGGGGGCCGGGGGCGCUAAAACUAAAAGAAAAAGGAACAGUGAAGGCAGAGCCCCUAAAAGUUUGACCCAGCGACUUUUCAGCUCUGGGCCCUAACCUUGUUUGGGCCACGGUGACAGCAGAGUAGUCUCAAAAGCGCAGGCACAGCCACUGGAGACAGCCAGUGCAACAAGACAAGCCGCUGGACCCGA